AUACCUGUCCAACUCUAUUAUUUAAACAUUUAAAUAUUUGAAAUUUGAUUUUUGAUAUUUAUUAUGGUCAAUAAAAUUUUAUUUCUCAACACUGAAGUUAUCAGCUGUUGUUCAUGAAGAAUGGUUUGCAUGGUAAAUGUCACCGGGUGUAUGUAAAUAAAACAAAAUUGUUUGAUCUAUAAUAUUUCCAUAUCUUGGAAACUAAAGAAUGAAUAAUAAAUUGAUACAUUUUACGAAACUGUUCAUCAAAACGAAAAUAAUCAAUUGUUUAUUAUAAUUAUAUUCUAUAUGUUCAUAAGGAUUAAAUAUUUUAUAUUGUAUUUGUCAAGUUAAUUUGUAAAAAAAUUCAAAGAAGUGUCAUUUAUUUUACAAUUAAUAAUAAUGCAUCGAAAGACGAUGAACUUAUCUGAUCAAGAACAAAAAUAUAAUCAAAAUCUUAAAUUUAUUGUGAAUAAAUCAACUCAUUUAAAUACUCCACUGACUUAUGGAGAGAAUGCAUCAUGUAAAGGGCAGUUAGUCAGUAGAAUAUUCAAUCACAACGAUGAAACGUUGAAGAAUAAAAGUUCUCAACAUGAAGAAAACUAUCCUCAGUUAACAAUUCAAAUGUUUUUCGAGUUUAUACGUACUGCUUAUCAAGUUAAUGAUAGUAUAGAAGGUCUUUCUAAUAUUCUCGCAGAAAACAGUGAAAUUAAUUGGUCAGAACUAGCUAAAAUUGAUUUGAAUUUACGGACUAUCAAUAAUAAGAAUGUAGGCACACAUGAGACUAAUGAGAAACUAGAUGAGGAAGUGAAGCCUUCAUGUUCUUCAACACAAUCCAAUCAGCAAUCAUAUUCUUAUUUACAAGGUGAAGAAUUUUUAGAGUCAGAAUCAGCCAAAGAUGGUGAAGAAGACACUGACAGAGAUUCACACAUACAUGGGUCUUUACAAUUGAAGAAUAUUGCAAAAAAAGAGAAAAGUAGAAAAUUUAAUACAGUAAUAGAAACUAAAGAAUAUCCUUUAACAAAUUUUAUGAAAAAAAGUUUGAGUAAUAUACUUCAUGAAGGAUUAUUAGAUUCUGUUUUGCCUUAUAUGUUGCCAAAAACUUCUAUUUCUCAACCAAUAAUUAAAAAAUCUGUAAUGAAUACAGAGACUAAGAAAAUUGGUGCUACAAAUAAUAAUAUUGAUAAAUUAUCCACUGCACAGUCUUUAAAUAAAGAAAAAGAUAGGAGCAAAAUACAUAGGAAGUCACUUGAAACUGAAGUAGAAAUUCAUGUUUGUGAUGAAGCAAAAAAUAUAAAGAAAGACUUCCGCUGCCCUCAAAAGUUAUUGGUACAAAAGAUGUGUUAUUUUGCUGAUGUAACUGCUGGACAAAAGUUAGAAGAAAUGGAUAUAUCAGUCCAUUGCGAUAUAGUUAUUUUUGAUUGGUUAAUGAGAUGGGUGAAAAAAGAUAUGAUAAAAAAAUCCGAAUGGCCAGUAUUAGAAGCAAACAAUGUAAUACCAAUUACUGUCUCAGCUUCUUUCCUUCAAAUGGAACCACUACUUGAUCAAUGUUUACUAUUCUGUCAUAAAAAUAUGUCAGAAGUUUUAAAAACAUCAACUAUUCUCACUUGCUUAAAUGAUAAUAUUUUUACGAGAUUAGCUAAUCUUUUUACAAACAUAGAUGUGGAAACGUUAAAAGAUAAGAAAGAUAAAAUUCAAAGUCGAUUAUUUUGCAAAUUAAUUUUAGCAUUAUCAGAUCCUAUUCCUGACAAUAAAAGAGGCCAUUACAGUUCUUUAGCGAGUCUUUUUAAAUGUAGCAAAUGUGGAAAAAAUGUUAUUCGAUCUAUAGCUGAUAAUAUUUCUUGUCAUCCAAGUGCUAUGAAAAUUGAUCAUUCAGGAAAUAUUCAUAGCAGGCAUAUAAGAGAUCUUUCAUGGAGUUUAAAUGACUAUAUUAUAAAUCUACGAUCCGAAUUACGUGGUUGGAGAAAAGUUUAUUGGCGUCUUUGGGGAGAUUGUCAUUUUCUUUUUUGUCGGCAAUGUAAUACUUAUUUUCCUAUCAAUCAAAUGGAUUGGUGUUCUUUUCAUCCAGAAAUACCUCAAUUUUUUGCAAAUGAUCAACAAAGAUCUGCGUCCUAUCCAUUAGGACGAUAUCCAUGUUGUAGUCAACGAGCUUAUCGAUUUGAAUCUUUACCCAACAAUGAAGGAUGUCGAUUCAAAGAACAUAUUCCAUCUAUCUUAAUGGACAGUGAUGGCUAUGUUUUAAAUAUUUUUAGUUUAUACAGAGAUGCCAUAUCUCUAGAUCCACCACAAAUAUUUUUUCCUGAAAAAAUAACUAAAUUAGUAGCACGAGAUCCAUCUCUACCACCUGGAAAACUAUUAUGUAAUGAGCCUAUGUGGUGGGAUGGUAUUGAACUUACACCACCGCGAGAGAAACUUGGUCUUCUUGCCAAAAAUUGGGGUGGUUCUAGUGUUCGUAAACCUUGUCAAUUUAUAGAAAAACCUAAAUCUUCAAGAAAACUACGCCCUCAGUCCUCCCAAGCUGUGAAUACCUCAUCACCAACUACUUCUACUAGCGAUAGUGAUGAAGACGAUGGUAUUACAACCUAUGGUGAUAGUAGUAUUGAUGAAAACUCAGAUAAUAGUGAAGAAUCACAUAGAUGGCCAGCGUUUAAAUCAACAUGCAAGGUGAAACGACACUAUAAUUCUUCAUCAAAGAGGAAUAAUGGCAUUCGAUCUUGGAACAUGAACUUAUUAGUUAAAUACAAUCAAGAUAAUCAAAGAGAUUUUGAAGAAAAAGCGAUGACACAAAUGAUAAAUGUUUUAACUAAGAAAACUUCAAUUGAGUCUAACGCCUUUAAAACAUAUAAAAGUAAUCACGUAUGGAACAAUCAACCAUUAGGUGGCACUUAUGUAAAAUUAGAAUCGGAAUUCAAAGAGCAAUCAGCUAAUUCUUGUAAGGUCAAGAAUACAAAUUACACAAAAGGAACGGUACGCGUACGAUCAUCAAAACUUCACUAAAUUCAUCCAAAACAUUAUUCAACCGACAAUUAAACAAUAACUCAAUAAAUAUAAUAAAUUAAAAAAAUGAAAAUACGGCUGUAAAAAUACGAAAAUAGAUAAAUUUUUUAAAAUAUAAAUUACGUGUUUAUGUAAUUAGAGAAGAUCAGUCUUCUGUUUGAUUUUUUGGUAAAAGAUCACUCCUAUCA